UUUCCAAUUCAAACUUAUUAAUUUCGAAAUUUAAAGUUAACAGUAGCACAGAAAUAAUUAUUUGAUCAUUAAUUAAUUAUAAAGUUAUUUUUUUUACUACAGUUAUGCACAUUUACUGUAAAUAAAAGUAUGAAUUUAAAAAAUAAUGCUUGUAUUUUGUCUAAGUCCUAUUUUAAAUGGACCUGGCACAAACGGUAUUAUUCUUCAACAGCAGCCACAUUAAAAGUUCCAAGUAUAAAUCACAAUUUAAGUUCAUUCAAAAAACUCAAGUAUCCAGAGAGCAUGUUUGUGUACUGUAAUUAUGUAGCAAAAGAUAUAUCAGACACAAUAUCUGUACACUUGGCUAAAAAAUAUGGAAACAAACCAAUUGAAAUAAUUGAAGUCAAUCCUGGUCCAUGUUUGAUUACACAGCAUUUAUUGAAAGAAACAAAUUACAAUAUAUGUGUAUAUGAAAAUAAUUAUGAUGUAUUUAAAGAAUUUUUAAUGGCUGUUCAUUCAGAUUACGGUGACAGAAUUAAAAUCAACCAUGGAAAUUUUCUCUUGCUGUGGAAGUUUGGAUUUCAAGAUCGGAUGGACCGAGGAGACAGAGUUUCAAAAUUUCUAUCAAGUAUUAGUACACCACAACAACCAUGGAACCAAGAAAAUCCAUCUCUUAAAAUAAUUGCUUCAUUACCAAAUAAGAAGUUCAUAAAUUAUUUGAUAUAUAGUUUUAUAUUUCAAACUGGAUUGAUGAUUUAUGGUCGACCAGAAUUUUACUUUUUACUUUCACCAUCAGUAUUUAAGAGAUAUUCUUGUAAACCAAUUAUUGAUAAAAAAUAUUAUAAAACACAAACAAUUCUAUUUCAAACUAUUUUUGAUAUAGAGUUAUUAAAAACUUAUCCAAGGAAAKCAUUUUAUCCACCACAUAUUUCAAAAUCCGCUAGCAAAAAUGUGCGUUUUAAAGAGUUGAAGGAAGCAGAUGAUAAUUAUAUGAUCUUAGCAAAAGUUGAAGGUCGUCGAGAGAUUUUUAAUUCAGAAGGCUUAACUGAAGAUUUAUUAAAACCAUAUUGGUACUUUGUCAAGCAUCAUACACUAAGCCGUAAGAAUUUUGUUAUACCUAUGUUAGAGCAGUGGAUUCCUGGUUGUGGGCCUCAUUUUAUUGCCCAAGGAUACACCAUAUUUACUCAGUUUGGUGAUCUUACACCUCUUCAAAUUUUACGCUUAUUCUUAACAUUUAUUAGUUUACCCGAGUAUAAUGAUUCACCUUUUCUAAAUUCAAUGGAGAGUAGAAUUGCUAAAUUAUUACCUUCAUUACAAAUCACACCUGAAGACUCUAUUAAUGAAAAAUCUGGAAAUAGUUCUUCCAUAGACUUUGAAGAAUUUACGAACAAGGACAAUUAAUAUGUAAUUAAAAAAGACUGAACUCAAAAUUAUGUUAUAUCCAAUAAUAAGUAACACUUUUUAUAAAUCUGUUCUAACCUGUAGUGUAGUUUGUUCAUUUACAGUUAGACAUGGCUGUAAAUAUCUGAGUGCACCUAACCUAAAUAUAUUUAUUGUCUUACAGUUGACACGCUACUGUUGUGAUUAGUGAAUAUGUAAUUUUUGUAUUAUGUGUAUUUUUUAUAUUUUAUUAAAUAUYAAUAUGACCUUAUGGUUUUUCA